CUUUGCUCAGUUUGCAACCAAGAGCAGCAAUGGAACUCUCCCGACUGAAUUGGGUUUGUCUCCUGCUAGUGGUGGUCUGGACACUGAGCGGUCUGGAGACCCCUGCAGAGGCCGGUUUUUGCUAUGAGAUAUUUGACGAGACCUUCGGAUCCUGCAGGGAGGUGCUUGGAGAUGGGCUGAGCCUGGAAGACUGUUGUCUCAAUCUUCAGUCUGGCUUCCGGUUGCAUAAGGAUGCGCCUUGUGAAUCCUGCCACCCAGCUGCAUGGAGUGAAUGGUCCCCAUGGACUCCCUGCUCCGUUUCCUGUGGGGAAGGCACCCAGCUCCGCAGCCAGGCAUGCUACGGCCAGGGUGCUUGUGAGGGGGGCCCUCGCCGGUGGGAACUGAAACCCUGUGGGCUGGACAAGUGCUGUCCUGUGAUGGGUGGCUGGUCCGACUGGGGGGCUUGGAGCCCUUGCUCGGUGACCUGUCUCAAAGGCGUCCAGACCAGGCAGAGGACCUGCACCAAUCCUGCCCCUGAGUGUGGAGGCACGUGCCCAGGAAACAACAUCGAGACACGUUCUUGUGACACCAGGCAGAUCUGUCCAACCCAUGGGAGCUGGGGGAAUUGGGAGCCCUGGGGUGCCUGCUCUGCCACUUGCGCCCAUGAAGGUUCAGCCCUGAAGCCCACACAACAGCGGCACCAUCGGUGCAACAACCCUGCACCUUCCAACAGCCCUCCUGGAGACCCUUGUCCAGGAAACAGCCAAGAGUCACGGACGUGUGAUGGACUGCCCUUUUGUCCACAGGAUGGCAACUGGGGCAGCUGGACACCUUCUGGAGUCUGCUCUGUGACCUGUGCAGUUGGCCGGCAACUGGAGACACGUCAGUGUGACAGCCCUGAGCCGAAGUACGGCGGGAGAAACUGCCCUGGGCCACACGUUCGCAGUCAUGCCUGCAAUACCCAGGUGCCUUGUCCAGUGGACGGACAUUGGGCCGAGUGGAGCGACUGGGCCCCCUGCACCAGGCACACCUUCACUGGGAGGAUCGAGUGCCGUGAGAUCCUUGGGUAUCAAAAGAGGACCAGACGAUGUGUUGGACGAGCCCAUGAGGGGAACCGCUGCCCAGGGCACUAUGCUGAAAGUAGAAACUGCUACAGUGUAAAUUUUUGCACCUUGCCAGGGGUCUGGUCAGAUUGGAGUCCCUGGGGUCUGUGUGAGCCAGCUUGUGGGGAGAACCCGAUGAGGUCUCGCAAAAGGGAGUGCAAGGCCACCUAUCCGAAUUACCCGAUGGACGUUCAAGCUGCAGAAGGCGUUGGGAAGAUGGCCAACACCAGCUUCUGGGGGAAAGUGUUACCCAUGUGUCAACCCCUGGAAAAGCAGAGGCUGGAACUGGUGGAAAAGGCACCGUGUCAAAACGUGAUACCUUGUGCAGACUGAUUCUGCUGGAGCAAAUGCUGUGGAUUUCAGCGCCGGAGGCUGCAACUGUGCGGGGUGCAGGAAGCUAAGGGGGUCACACCGCAACUAUUUUUGCCUCUUGUGGCGUUUGCAGAUCCCCUGUAACUUCCUUCCUCUUACUGAAAAGGCCACUCUGGGACACUUCCUCUUCUUCCGAAUCAUCAGUAUAUUACAUUUUUUUUUAUAAUGUA